UUAUGAAAACCUUUUCAAAUUUCAAAUCAAAUACGGUAUCGGCCAAUCACAAUGAUAUGGCUCUAGGAAGUCAAAUCCCCUCUUUGUCCCCCCCCCUCCAGUGGACUGGUCAAUAUGGAUAAUGAAACACGGUAUUUGUCACCAUUUUUAUACCUUAUAAAUUCACAGACAGACAAAAAUGUUGGGCUCAUAAUUUUGAACAGACCUUUGUGCGGAAAGUAUGAAAAACUUAAAGCACUUUGGAAGAAAGCUUCAGUUACAAUUUGCGUUGAUGGUGGAGCAAAUGAACUUCAAAAAAUUUGUGUUGAAAAUGGAAAUUUCGAAUGGAUACCACAGUAUAUAACUGGAGACUUUGAUUCUAUAAGAGAAGAGGUGCUGGCAUACUACAAAGACAAGGGAACAAAAAUUAUUCCUACACCUGAUCAAAAUUACACAGAUUUCGCAAAAGCCAUUCGGUACCUUUUCUCAAAUUGUGACGAGCAGGUAAAGGCGGUAGUGGUUAUCUCGGAAUUCUCUGGUUUACUUGAUCAAACUCUUGGGAAUAUCAAUACGCUGUUUAUAGCUUCAAAUGUGACAGAUAAACCGGUUAUUAUUCUCGCAAGUGAUUGCCUUGCUUUUCUUCUUCAACCAGGAAAACAUUCAAUUGACGUGAACAAUGGAUACGAGGGACUUAAAUGCGGCCUACUACCUAUUGGCGGCAAAUGUAACAGCGUGACAACUAGUGGACUAAAAUGGAACCUUACUAAUCAUGCCCUAGAAUUUGGCCAGACCAUCAGUACUUCCAAUGCAUUAGAUGGUAGUGGCAUAGUCAACAUUGAAACAAGUCAUCCACUUGUAUGGACCAUGGAAACGUUAUAAUUUUUUAAUCUUAAUUUUAGGAACAGUAUAUCUAAAUACCUAUGUCCAUUUAUUGCACUAUUCCGUUCGUAUGCUGCAUCGAUACAUUAGUCAUGUCUAUAGGCAUAGCUAAGGUUUUAUAAUAAAGCUACGUAUACGACUAUACGUAUGCACAUUGACAACCAUGAUUUUCACUU